GAGUAAAAGGACCCAAUACGCUUACUUGAAAAGAUGAAGCAUUUUCACCUUUUAAAAUAAUUGGUAGAUGUGUUUUUUUUUUUUUGGUUUUACCUUUUUAGAAAUGUUAAUGUUACUAAAUAUCUGAUUCGUUUGAACUUUGAAACUACUAAUUUUUACUGUGGCAGUUUAGAUUCUGAAGAUGAAGUCGAAGAAGAAGAAGAGGCAGGAUGAUUUUCAGAAGAUCAAGCUGAAAGUGGGAAAGAAGAAACCCAGAGCGGAUAACGCCACCAACACCAACUUUCGAUCAAGAGGGAUCCAUCUUCCCGAGCAGCUCAAGAGAGACACGAGUGGCCCCACAACUCACAGGCAGCUGGGGGUGAAUGAUAUUUUGUCUCAGCUGCAUCACUACAAUGCCAACGUGAAACACAGUGCCUUGCUGGGUUUGAAGGAGUUGCUGUCCUGUAACCCCUCUUUGUUGGAACAGCAUCUUUCACGCUUGCUUUCUGAAGUGGCAGCUGUACUUGCAGACAAGGAUGGCAACGUUCGUGUGGCAGCUACUCGUGUAAUUAGAAUCAUAGCUCAGUCUGUUCCUGCAGAGCGAGUGGCUCCUUUUUUCCCCUUGCUUAGUGCUCACUUGUCAUGCGCCAUGACCCACAUUGAAGCAAGCAUCCAGGAGGAUGCCAUGAAAGUUCUUGAUGUGUUCCUGGAGCACUACUCAUCUCUGCUAGCACAACGACCUGGAGUUCUUCUCACUAAUUUCUUAGAGAUGAUUUCUCACAGACAGAACGCUGGGGCCAAAAAAACUCAAGACAUCAAGGGAAGAAGCUGGUCUCUGUCGGUCAACCUUGACAGGGCUGUGACCAGUCAGCAGUGGCGGCUCUCUGUUCUCCUCAGGCUUGGGCGCUUCCUGCAAGCAGUUGUAGAAGAUCGACCAGGGGAGAAAAAUGAAGUGUCUGUUCCAACCGAAGGUGCUUUCGACUCGAGUGGAGAGGGCCACGCCACAACUUUGUAUGUCAAAUGGGAAGAUGUUGUCUACAGAAAAGUUGGAGUUAAGGUGUUUGAACAUUCGGGAGCCAAACCAAGUCCACAGUCAACUUACAGACUCAGAUCUGAGUUGGAUUCUGGUUCUACUGUCAGUGAGGGUCUGGACUCUAUUUCAACUGUUCAAAGCUUUGCAGCGACCCUUGUGCCUCUCCUAAUGGAAGUGUGGGUUGAAGCCAGCGCCAGUGACAGCUCAAUGAAUAACAGUGAGGGGGCUCAUCUGCUCACUCAAGAUGCCAUGUCCAUCAUGCACCAGGUCCUAAAUAUUCUGCAGCUGCUCAGAAAAUUGACUCCCAAAAAGGAGAACCAGGAUGCACUGGAUGCUUGGUUCCGUAAAGAAUAUCUCGAGGAGUUUAAACAGUACUUCAUGAAAAAUUUUCCAUAUGGAAUCCGGGAUACACCCAGGCAUAAGAAGAAAACGGAUCUCAAAAGAAGUAAACAGAACGCAGCAGAGAAUGCUCUGCUGAGCGUCGAGCCCCUGGCCUUUAACAUCACUCUUUGCCAGGUCAUGGUGUCCCUCAGCCAGAAGCAAAGCGUCAGCCGAGAGGCAGAGGGAGAGUGGCUGACGCCGCUGAGGACUUUUGUGCGUGAGACUCUGGGCAGCGGAGUGAAACUGAGCUUUCAGCAGCUGCACAUGCUGCUGGGUACUGUGUGGAAGAUGGUGCUCACACAGAGGAGCAGAACAGUAACAGAGGAGCUGCUGGCAUCCGUGUACAUCUACUAUAAACAGAAAAGCCUCCUACCACGGACACGAUUCCUGCUGCUUUCUUUCUAUAACAAACUGUACCUGGAGGAGCAAGGACACACACACAUCGCCAGGAGCAAAGUGAUGUCUCGCUGGCUGGCCUCUCUUCCUGUGCAGCUGUCCCAGCUAGGCCACCGUAACCCAAAAUUCUCUGCAGAACUCAUCACUGCCAUUCAUGCUGCAGCUUCUCGAGGAAACAAAGACCUCCUCGACAGUCUGGAGACACACGCCUGCACACUCUAUGACCCACAGGAUGGAGUUAUGGUGCUUCUACCAGCAGAGUUCCAGAAGCCAAUGGUGCAGCUCCUCUACUUUCUCCCCAUCCUGUCCCAGCCUCUUCUGGCCAAUCUGAGCAGCUGCUGCAGUGCAGGACGAAUCUCAGCCAGCCUUGCUGCCUCCCUGAUCCGAAUCCUUCAUUUUAGGUCAUCUCUAAACGGCUGGUCAGUCGGGAACCAGGAAGCUGCCCUGCAGGACGUGGACUACUUUAGCUUCCUGUUUUCCACCCUCACCGGCUUCUCGUCUGAAAGUCUCGCCAUCCUGCAGGAGGAUGAGGGCACCCUGUCCCCCACCCCACUGUCACCUCUGUGUCUCCACGCCACCCCGCUGGAGCAGUUCACGCAUCACUGGGAUGUUGUUGAGGAAGUCUGCCACUGUCUGGAAACGAUGGGCUCCAAGUCUCAGUGCUUUGACAUCCUGCAAAAUGGCAUUUGCAAAUACCUGAGCAAGUUUGAGGUGAUUCCUGACAGUAUGGCAGCUGGGCUGCUGAGAGCUGUAUCCAGAUUACUGGAUCUGUCCAUCCUGCCACUUGAGCCUGUAUUGCGCUUCUUGUCUCAUUGUUGCCUCAGUCUGCUGGCGCUGCUUGUCGCUCUGCAGCAGGAGGCACCAACCGAAACCAACCACAAACGGGAGGCGAUUUGGAGUUGUUGCAUUACAGCACUGAGCAGAGUCCCUCGCCUGCUGCGAAUGGUUCUGCAGUCCAUGCGCGCCACAGACGUGACCGAGAAGAAGCUUCCGCAGCUCGGGCAGAUCCUCUCCAUGCUGCUGCAGCACACGCCACUCCAUAACCAGCUGCUGGCUAAUGCUACUCUGCUGCAGGAGAUUAUGCUGCUCCUCACGAGAUAUUCUCGGGGUGGAACCAGAGAGCAGUGGUUGACGGAUCUGCUGUACUGCUACAGCGUCACCGUGUCCCACAGCUCUUCUGCGCACCGUGGAAGUCUGGGCCUUCGAGACAUGUACUAAACCCCGUUCAGAUUUUCCUCCAGACAUGUUUCAGUAAGAACGAUAAAACACUGAGCUUUACUAGCAACGGGUACAUGCAUCAAAAUGUUUCUGUUAUCGUGAUAAACGGACUUCAGUUCACUGUAAGCUGCCUCUUUCCUUCACCUUUCUAGGUCAGAUAAUUGUGAGAUUUUCUUGUGUUAUUCAACCUUGGCUGAGCUUUUUUUGGACAUUCUUUGAAUUAAAAAAGACAAAAAUAAAGUAAAACU